GUUAUCUCGCCGAGGACCAUGCUAGGUAAUCAUAUACAAUACCCAACUAACUCUGAACUUGGGAUGAUAAAUGAAAUCAUAAUAGUUAAAAUAUUUCCGCUCCGCUCAAUCCUUCAAAUAGCAAACUUCGUCCUACACUUACCAUACCGCGACGAUUGAGAGUCAACUUCCUCAAGACAGAUAAUAACGUCGUCUAGCAUGUCGAGCGACAAGGCGGAGGCCGAGAGGGCUAUCUCUAACGAUGACACUGCCAUCGGCAAAGAUGAAGAGGUUGCGAUUGCCGCCCACGGCGAACCGAACGUCGCGGACCUAGCGCAAGCCAACAUGAGAGGAUUGCGCGCUCCCGAAAUUAUCGCGAGACUGUCGCUCGAACAGCGCCUCGAGCUCGAGAAGAGAUUAAGGCGGAAGAUUGAUUUGAGAUUGCUGCCAGUACUCAUUCUUAUGUAUAUUCUGAAUUAUAUCGAUCGGAACAAUAUCGCGGCAGCAAAAUUGGCGGGUCUACCCGAAGACUUGAACUUGGAUCCGAAUGCGAGCGAGUUCCAGACUGCCGUUAGCAUUUUAUUCGUCGGAUAUCUUCUCAUGCAGGUACCCUCGAACCUGUUCCUAAACAAGAUCGGAAAACCGGCUAUCUACCUUCCAGCAUGUAUGAUGAUAUGGGGCGUCAUAUCCGCAGCCACGGCUGGAGUUAAGAAUUUUGGUGGUCUUAUUGCCGUUCGUUUUUGGCUGGGUUUUGUUGAAGCCGCCUACUUCCCUGGAUGUCUCUACUACUUAAGUUGCUGGUAUACCCGAAAGGAACUCGGCUUGCGAACGGCAAUGCUCUACUCAGGCGCGCUGAUUUCCGGUGCCUUCUCCGGUCUAAUUUCCGCAGGAAUCACACAGAACAUGAACGGCACGAGAGGACUAGGUGCUUGGCAAUGGCUAUUUAUUAUUGAAGGUGUCAUUACCGUCGGGGUCUCAUUCUUGGCCUUCUUCAUACUUCCUAACUUCCCUCGAACGACCUCGUGGCUUACCGAAGAAGAGAAAGCUCUUGCUGUCUGGCGACUGGAAGAGGAUAUCGGUGAGGACGAUUGGAUCGACAGCGAGCACCAGUCCUUAUGGAGCGGUGCUAGCUUGGCUUUCGCGGAUUUAAAGACUUGGGUUCUAUUGGUACUACUCCUUGGUAUCGUAUCGGCUGGUUCAGUCACAAAUUUCUUCCCGGCCGUGGUCAAGACCCUGGGUUACGGUAACGUAUACACGUUGCUUUUGACUUGCCCUCCUUAUGUGCUUACCGUCAUUACUACUUUCAUAAAUGCGUGGCAUGCGGAUCGAACCGGUGAACGGUAUUGGCAUAUUACGCUAUCGCUCGUUGUUGCGUUAGUGGCAUUCAUCCUGGCAGCUACAACUACGAGUAUUGCACCCCGGUAUGUCGCGAUGAUGCUUAUGGUCCCUGGAAUUUACUGCGCAUUUGUGGUGGCUCUCGCCUGGAUCAGCAACACCCUACCCCGCCCGCCCGCUAAACGCGCCGCAGCUCUGGCCUUCAUCAACGCCGUAUCUAACGCUACGAGUAUCUACGCAUCGUAUAUGUACGAGGACUGGAUGGCGCCGCGAUACAUCAUCGCCAUGUGCGUUAACUGCGGCACAAUUGUACUCUCCAUCAUUGCUGCUACGGUCCUGCGAAUUAUGCUCGUCCGACUCAACAAGAAACUAGAUCAGGGCAUUUUCGUCGAGGGCGCUAUCAAUGCUCUUCCCGGAGAUGCCGCCCAUCAUGGAUUCAGAUUUAAGGUCUAGUGAAUUAUACAACGCCGGCACGGAUGGUAUGGACGAAAACAUGAAAAAGGGGAAGUGGGACCAUUGGUCUUUCUUUUGGAUACCUUAUACCAACAUGUUAUUUACACUAUGCGGUAUCAAUUCAUAUUUCGGAAGUAUGAAUACUUACCUAAGUAUACUUAGGCUCAUUUGCUUUCACUAUAGAAGCAGGAUAAAUAUUUGAUAUCCCUAUAAUGACGGGCGCCGCUAAUCUUCGAUGGUCUCAUUGAAAUGGGCCAUCUAACAUUGCCCCUAGUGAAAUACGAAACGCGAAAUACUCGAGAAACUCGAGAGAAUGCGCCUAAUGGACUUUAAACACCUGGCAGGCAAAUAGCCGUGACAACGACGUUAGUGAAAUGACUUAAGAACGAGCAAAAAUUCGUCAGGUUCUUUGGGUUUGUUGGGAUAAGGAAUUCACUUCACAAUUGUCAACGAGGCCUGUCAUUACAAGAAAAUAUAGCAAUUAAUGCUUAAUGAGCUAUUGAUAUGAUAUUAGCGAAUUCCUCCCGAG